ACUGCUCGUCUAGUCAGCCUUGAUUGGAUUGUGGAUAAAUCACAUAAAAAAAGGGGGAAGUCCAGGUCUGCUCCAAGUCAAGGAACGAGAUUCGUGUGUUUGGAGAGAGCGCAAGUUUGGCCGCCCGAAGUUUGGAGAGGAGACGCCGACUGCAGAGCGCACGGUUUGCGCGCUUCGAUUCCAACCACACAGAGGUGAUUUUAAAGAGGAUCUGAAGAUGAACCACACCGGCGUGCUGUGCAAAAACAACCAGACAUACAACUUUACCGAUCAGUCAUGCCAGAACUCCACUGCACCGCCUUACAGUCACAUCGACAUCACCACUUUCAUGCACAUUUUCCCUUCGAUUUAUGGCAUCCUGUGCUCGGUUGGAGUUAUAGCCAACGGGCUGGUGAUCUACGCGGUGGCAGCGUGCAAGAAAAAGAUGGUCUCGGACAUCUACGUGCUCAACUUGGCGAUUGCAGACAUGCUGUUCUUGCUCGUGAUGCCCUUCAACAUCCACCAGCUGGUCAGAGACAGGCAGUGGGCUUUCGGAAACUUUAUGUGCAAGGCAGUUGUGGUGGUGGAUGUCAGCAACCAGUUCACCACUGUGGGGAUAGUCACUGUGUUGUGCAUUGACAGGUACAUAGCCAUUGUCCAUCCAAGCUCAGAGAAGAGGACCGUGCAGUGGACCAUCAUCAUCAACAUGCUGGUGUGGCUGGGCAGCUUCAUUCUCACCGUGCCGGUCAUGAUGUACGCCAAAGUUGUCCGCAGGCAGCGUUUGGAGGUUUGCAUGAUGUGCCUGGACGGGCCUGGAGACAUGUACUGGUACACCCUCUACCAGUCCAUCCUGGGUUUCAUCAUACCCCUCAUCAUCAUCAGCACCUUCUACUCGCUUACCCUCUACCAUGUCUUCAGCUCCAUCCGCCGGGUCAAACGGAAGCAGUCGGUGUGGGCCAGGAGAGCCACCAAGAUGGUCCUGAUGGUCAUCACCUUGUUCCUGAUCUGCUGGUCGCCCUACCACGUCAUCCAAGUCAUCAACCUGAGCAUCAACACGCCGACCAUCGCUUUCGUCUACGCCUACAACAUCAGCAUCUGCCUCAGCUACUCCCACAGCUGCAUCAACCCGCUCAUGUUGCUCAUCUUCGCCCAGAACUACCGCGAGCGUCUUUGCCACAGAAACGCCCUGCACAGCUCCCAGCACUCGUCCAAGGUCACGGUGGUCAAAACGGACGGUUCCAGUACGACAAAUGACCCCAACUAUCGCUGUACUGUCAUCUAAUUGGAAGCUUUUUGUACACAGCACAAGCAAACUGACGCAGCUUGAAUGAACGGUGAUGCUCAUGAUGGUGGCUUCGACGUUGAUACCACACACAAAAAAAAAAGAGCCUGAAACAUGAGCAGCACUACUGAAGAAAACUCAAUUAAAUGCAGGUGAUGUGACUGCUUUCAUUAACCUUUAUCAAGCGCCGGCUACAUCCAGUGUCAUGCUGCUCUGCGACUACACCGAGGCGCGACUUGUGAGAUCUAUCGCAGGCAAACAUUAGCACGUUGAGUGCGUGAAAUGUUGCGAUCCCUUCACUGUAGGUGGGAGAGGGAGCGUUUGCCAGCUUCCAGAGGGCUCAUGAUGAAAUUAGAUUCCAUUACAGCGUUUUGUGAGUUUCUUGAUGGACUGAACAGAUUAACUGCAACAAGACAAGUAUCACUUUCUGAUAAGUCAGAUUUCACAAAGGUGUGUGAUUUAAAAACAAUUGCUGUAAUAGUGGUUUAUCCAUAGUUUUCUUCAUAGAGCAGUUAUGACUAAUUGCAUUUUUUCUUUUGUGUUUUGUAAAGCAGUUAUAAAGCAGUUAUAAAUGUGUGUAGUCCAUUAUAUUUCCCACUUUGAGGUUGCAGUUAUUGAAGUUAAUUAGAGGUUGCACCAGUCAGUGGUAGUUUUCACACUCUGGCAACCCAAAUUAUUAUUAGUAUUAGUAAUAUAGUUAUUUUUGGUUGUGGUAUAAAGCACGAGUAGAUCGUUUAUUAACCUUUUAUGAAGCAUUAGUCACAAAUGAUAAACAAUUGUGUUAUAUGACUGUGAAAUGUGACCAGUAAAUGUAAUAUUUUACGGCAAUUUAGUGGUUGUUAAUCACAAAAGAAACUGCACAGUUGUUUGUUUUUCUUGGCUUUGUAGUUCUCAGUUGGCCUGUUUAAAGUCUGUUAAUAUAAUUGCAAAUGUCUGAUUGCUGUACAAAGUACUGUAUCUCAUGAGUAUUCCAUAAUGAACUAUAGCAUGCAGCUAAUAAUGGUAGUGAACAGUACACAAUUUGAUAAGAUAUGUUUGUUGUAGAUGUAGUGUUUGAAUGCCAUUUGUUUGUCAUGGAUUCCAGGUAUGAUAUUUUGCUGUUCCUGGACUCUGCAUGAACAGCCAAUGAGAAUGCUGGAAAAGGCAACAUACAUGACAGUGAUAAAACUCAAAAUGUCUCACCACAAACAAUCUUUCAAUACAUCAUAAGCAGGCCUGCUGUGGUUACAGUCUUUAUGGGUGUUUUCCUGGAUGUUACUCAUCAGCAUUCAUUGCUUCAUUUCCUCUUAUUUAUCCUCGUCCUUAAGCCUGCUGAGCUGCUAUAACCAUAAUUGAGCUACACGCCUCACCACCACCGUCCUGUUAUCAGCUGGAGGUCAACUGAAAGAGCUUUGAAAAGGCACGAAAACACUCAGAAAUUUAACAGACUUUUUACUUGGCAGGAAACUUGGUGAAACUACUUAAUGAUGUUGAUGCUAUAUAUUGAUUUAUGAGGUGAUGAUUGUUGUAAUUUGAGAUGUUCUUCUGUCCUUCUGUAUGUAUAUGUAUUAUCUCAGUCAGAUUGUGGCUGUAAAGUGCAUUUGUGUGAUAAUGAGUUUGUUUUUGAAGCACUCAGAGGUCACAUGCAGUGAUAUUGUGGGACAAACACAGCAUGAAGGUAAUUUUCUCGCACCAGUGUUAUUUGUCUGAUUGUGCAAAAUGAAAAAAUGAGAGGAAAUGUACAGAAAAAUUAUGAUUGGCUUAUUGGAAUGUCUGUGGUGACACAGAGGAGUUAGAGAGGUUCGGAUCUGGAUCGACAUGAUAAUUAAUGAACUGUCAAUGAGGAGUUUCUGAAUUGAACUUAGGUCUGUAUGGUAGAUAAUAAUGAAUGAGUAGAAAUCAGACUGGAAGAUACAGCAGUAAUGAGUCAAGAUUAGGUGAAACAUCACUUUCUUCAUGCUUCUGGUUACUCUAAACCAGCAGCUAAACAGCACAAAUUACUAGUUAUUCAUUACUAACUACUUAAAUCAUUAGCAACUCAUGACAUAGCAAUAUAUCAUCCUGAUUAACUGUUUCCUCAUUAUUUUGUAUUAUCUGACCAUCAAUUGGCAUUUUUGUAGCAGCUGGAGUAACGUAGAGCUUCGUGGUAAAAAAAAAUAAAAAUAAAAAAUAACAAGAACAUGGUUCAACUGAGUGAACAGUUCAUUCCACAAGAACAAGCCAGACAGAGUACAUUCUUUAAUUAUUAAGUCGGCCCUGUUUCCUCCUCACUCAUUCCUGAGCAGCUAAUCACAUAUUUGUGCACUCUAUUGUAAAGUCUUGUAUUUUCAAUGGCACUAGAGCACUAAAUGUGACACGGAUCACUACUGCAUCACUUUGUCACGUACGGUUCUUCAGUGUUGUGUUUCUUCGAUCAAUUACUAGCUGGGCCCCGGGGCCGUAUGUUCUGUGGAAAUUAGUUUGUGGUAAUUUGAUAAUGUGAACAUUUCUUUGGUACUUAUCGGUAACUCAUUUAAGCUGACCUGGAAAGGGUUUUUCAGUGGUUUCAGCAGUUUGACUCAGAUUUGAAGUCCCAGAUUCUAAAAGGGAGCAUGUGUCACCUUUUAAUGGGCCUGCACAGACUCACAACAGGACUCAGAUUGUGGCCAUGUUUCCAUGUACGAGAGUUUUUGAAAAAGUCUAUGGUCUAACAAGAAAACACCACAGGAGAAAGACUGUUCUUGCAUUAUUUUUCAAAACAGUCUCCUUUCACUUCACUGCACCUGGUCCACCAAUGUUGCAGCUUCACAGAAAGUCACAUCUUGAGUUUCCAGACAUGCUUCAAUUGCAUUCAUGACCUCAUCAUCAUUCUAAAAAUGGCGACCACACAAGCGAGAUUUUCAGUUCAGGAAACAGGUAGAAGUUAGAUGAGUGAGGUUCCAAAGGCAACAGUUAAAAGCCACAUUUGGCUACCUCUAUUCAUGCCAGGGCAAAACCUUCCUCUCCUUGCAAAGAAAUGCUUACAAGUGUUUAAGUGGUUGUGGGCAGAGUUAUAAGCCUUUAUAGUACUCAUUUAUACCCCAACACAAUAAAAGUGUUUCUCUUGUUUCCGGGUAAGAUCAAGAACUUUUUGAAAUCCCCUUGUAUGUAUGUACAUUUACACUACGGCUGAGCAAACACACUUCUUCCAAAUUUUGGCACAAAUUUUUAACACACGUUUUGGCCAGUGGUCCAUUCAGGGUCCUUGUGGACUCACAGACUUGGGCAGAGGACAACAUUGGGUGUUAUGGCCCCUGUGUCCAAGUGAACGUUUUGAAGUAUCUUCGUAACUCUGUAGCGAAUUUGAAGAAAAUUUUCACAAAAGAUUUGAAAACGUGUAAGCAAAGUACACUUGUUUGCAUUAACUGCUUUGGAGCAAGCUGACUAGCCGGGGCACUGAGGUAAGAAGGUGGUGCUAUAGGCUACAUUUUACAUGGUUGUAACAAACAGAGUAGUAGAAGCUGCAAGCAAAACUAGCGGCGCGUUUUAGAUCACACAGUUUUUCUUCAGUAUGCAAACGACGGGGACAGACUACUUCCUCAUAUGAAUGCACCUAAAACUUUGACUGUUACAGACUGUAGUGCAAAAAGAGGUCAUCUGUCUGUGCAGUCCAGCUUGUUUAUACUCGAGAAAGAAACCGGGAUGUAUGUGAGAAAAUUGCAAGGAGAAACCAGCUGGCUUGCAUGCUGUCAAAUAUGACCAGAUCCAGUAGGCGUAUUUUUGGCACAUUGCAUUAAACAUGCCAUGUAUUGAGACAUACUAAAUCAUUUUUGCAUACAUUAUAGUUUUGAAGUAUGGAUAUUGGAAUGCAUCCUGUUUUAAACCAACUGAAAAACAAACCUUAACGAAAAAGAAGAAAUAAAUCAAAUUUUGUCCAUUGGAGAAAAAUGCAAAGAAGUCUUGAGGAUUUGUUUUCAAUUUGGCAACUUAUAAUUAUUUUUCCAUGUCAGUUUCCAUGUGUUGGAGAUGUUUCAUGCAACUGGACACGAAGAUGACAAAAGAGGCAAAAACAGCUGGUCAGUCAUGUGAGUUAAAUAUUUGCUACGUCAGAACUUACUUGGAGAAGGGCCUUUCAUCUCGUAAUGUACUUAACUCUAUUUUUGAAAAGGGCAAAAACCAACUCAUGCAAAUAUAAAAACUUUUUAAAUCAGUUGGAGACAUUUUAUUUCUGGAUGAAAAUGCACAUAAAUUCUUUUAUGGAAACACGGCUCCAGACAUCCUGACUUUUAGUCCUCUAAGCUUAAAACCUGUGGAUCGUAUAUUUCUUGUAUUAUAACUUUUCAUAUCUUUUUGUUAGAUGUUCCAUGCCUGUUAAACUCUCACAUCAUUCAGACUCCACACCUUUACUUUACAUUGCAGGUUUUUUCAUCUAAAUUUAAAACCUAAUCCAACAAAAGCCCUGACAGGCAUGAUGGUGAACUAAUUUCAAGCUCCUCCCGAGUCACAUAGAACAUCACACUGUAGUUUUCACCAACUUUCAAUACUACAGGUGAAAAAGGUAGCAUUUUAAAUUAAUAGAUAUCACCAUGAAACUUUCCCAGUUAAUUACUGACAUUAAGACAAUCAUUUGUUAUUUUUUUUGCAUUACAUGAUUUCUAAAAUGUUAUGCUUAGAUGUGCAAAUGGGGUAUAGUCUGCAAAAACUUCAAUAAAUUUCCAGAACAGGUACUUGAACAUUGGAUAAAGCCUGACUGUAACUUUUUGUUUUACAUCUUUGAGUCAAAUAUUUUCACAGAGGAGAUUUGGAUACCUCUUUUUUAUUAUUCCAUCAAUAUGAAAAUACUGUCAAAGCCAGAAAAAAAUCCAUCUUCACCAUGUUUUUAGAGAUGAAAGGCAGGCUAUGGACGAUAUAUAAGAAACCCUUCAAUAAAAACCUUCAGAGCAUUGAUUGAAAUUUAAUUGGAAAGUUUGGUGAAUGUAUGUUCUUCAGAAAGGAGACUUCUUCCUCAGAGUUCCUCAGAAAACUUUCUUUGUAAAACUCUGCAUACUUAUUGGAAACCAAGAGACAUCUCCCAGCUGAUUACUUACUGGUGUGUACUGUGCAGUGUGCACAACAGACAAAGUCUAGUAAAAAGCAAACACCUAAAUGUGCAUUUUUUUUCUAUUUUCUUUCAAGCAGUCAACAGAGGACAAACAAGAAAGAAGCAAAGAGACUCAAAAUCGAACAGAGCCUGAAAAAAGAUGCUUUUGCCUGUAAUGUUCCACCUUGAACAACAAAGUGUGUCUUUUGUCAUUGCUCUCCAGAAGGAAGAAUUUUCUGAUCUGACACCACUUUUGGCAAAGUGACAUGUUUUUCUGUACCUUGCAAAACAUCUUUUUCAUGAUUUGGCACCUUGACUUGAGAUACAGAACAACUUGAGUAGGGAAGAGUAUGGUUUGGAUCAAAAUUGCUGCCUCAUUGAGGACUUUCAUUGUGAUAAUUACAGCAAAAUCAACAACUGCUUUUUUUCGUGGCCUUUUUCGGCUUUAUUUAUAGGUACAGUUGGAGAGACAGACAAGAAAGUAGGAAGAGGAGUGGGGGGAAGACAUGCAGCAAAGGACCGCAAGCGGGAAUCAAACCCAGGCCACUGCAUUGGGGACCAGCCCCUGUACAUGGUUCGCCCAUUUAACCCAUUGAGCUAUACGGGCGCCCCUGACAACUGCUUUUAAGGGUAAAAGAAACCGGUGUUGACUGACUGUAGGAAAUUUGAGAGCUGUCCUCUAAAGUCUGAUGCUUUGUGGACCCAUUCAUCUACCCCGACCUGCUCUUCCAGUGGGAUUAGUGUCUCUAUAACAUCAAUUAUUUACACUCCUUCGACAGGACAGACCAGAGUGCUCUGAUGAUCAAGCCGCCUGUCCAUCUCUCACUCCAUUUUUAUAUCACUCCUGAACAAGAUCCCGAGAUACUUCAACUUCUUCACUUGGGGAAGCAACUCCCCCCAUCCCGGAGGGAACAAUGCAAUGGUUUCCGGCAGAGAACCAUGGUUUCAGACUUGGAGGUGCUGAUCUGCAUCCCCACUGCUUCACACUCGGCUGCAAACCGCUCCAGUGUGUGCCCUGCCUCCCCUUCCUGAGGCGCCGAACAGUUUGCCAGAACUUCCUCGAGGACAACCAAAAGUCCUUCUCCAUAGCCUCUCCCAACUCCUUCCACACUUAAGUUUUUGCUUCCACAACUCCCUCAGCCAUAACCCAUAACCCAGGCGAGGUGGCGGCUUCUCCUUUUUGUGCUGUCAUCAGAGUUUUCUGAAUCACUCUUUGUCUGGUCUCUCCCUCCACAAGACCAAUUUGCUUUGGGAGACCCUACCAGGGGUGAUUGCCCUGGACAACGUAGCUCCCAGGAUCAUAGAUACACUCAAACCCCUCCAUUGCGAUAGUGUCGACGGGGGAUAAAUGUAAGCAGUGCCACACAAACUGUUGUCCAGAGACUGUUGCCAGUUUCAUUUAACACAUCAGUGCUCUUAUUUCGUACUUUUAGAACCAUUAAGAAAAUCUGGAGGAGAUUUAGGCUUUUAAUCAGUUAUAGGUGCAGUGGUUAGAUAUCAGAUGCAGAUAAUGUACUCAGAUAACAUCAAACAAAAACAUGAAUUGGCUUUUUUACUGUGAUUUUACAGUGUUUCUUUAAGCUUUAGGACUCCAGCAGGCUGUCACCAAGUGUGGCAUCAAAGUGGGUUGCUUUAGAAUAAGGAGUACAGUCAUGUAUUGUGAAUGUCUUGGUUUUGUGACACUGUGGUAAAUGUCAGUCUGUGUGACCUUUUUGGAGGCAGGAGUUUGACAGGAAAAACAGUUUCAGAGUCAUAAACAAUCCACUGAGGUGAUCUUGCAUGAGACCUUUGUCUUGUUUCUAGUUUGAUUCCUAUAUUACUAAUUGCACAGUCAAGCUGCAGAAGAUUUGGUAAGCUGAAUUAUACUCACUGCAGCAAUUAUUAUGGACAAUUUUUUGUUGUUUUUUUUAGGAAUCACCUAUGGUUUGGUGGCUUUGAUGGUUGAACAAAAAUCAUCACAGAUGCCAAAACAGUAGUUCUGCAAAAUUUCUUUUUCCCCCCUAUUAAAGGAAAUUGCCUUGAGUAAAUCUUUACAGACUGAAUGAGGAUGGCACAGAAAUAUGUGAUGAUAUCUUUCCCUUUGAGGAAAACAACACACAUACAUGCUGAAUUACAGGGAGGAAAUUAGACCAGAAAAAACAUUUGUGUGUGUGUGUAUGUAUAUGUGUGUGUGUGUGUGUGUGUGUGUGUGUGUGUGUGUGUGUGUGUGUGUGUGUGUGUGUGUGUGUGCGUUUGUAUUUAUAUCUCGAUGGGGUCCACAACCUGACAAAUCACUCACGCCGUGGGGUCCAAUUUUUCCCGUGGGGCCCAAAACCGGGGCCCCACAGGCACAAGCAUUGCAAUCAAUAGAAAAUGGCCUCCUGACAUGCCUGGUGCGAUUUUCUUGAAAAAAAAAAAUGGACCCCAUGGAGUCUGACUUCACACAAAGUGUGUGUCGGACAGCGUCCCCAGUGGUCAUUGGUGGGUACUGCAGUGUGUAAAUUUGCAUCCGUGGGGUCCAUUAACGGAGAGUGUGUGUAAGUGUGUGUGACAAAAAAAUUCAUAUUUCAUACAGAUUUAUGCAUUUUCAAGUGAUUAAACUCGAAUGUUAUUGAAUUACUUUGCCUAAAAUCAAUUCAGGAAUCAAUUUAAUCACUAUAGCAUCCUGUCAAAGCAGUCAAUUUGUUUUAUUUGCAGUAUGUAUAUGUAAAUAUAAAUACAUAUUUUCAUAUAAAUAUUGUCAUAGUGAUUUUAGGAUCUUCUCACUAUCCAAUGUUAGGAUGGUUGUUGUGCUGUUCCACUGCAAUGUGUUCGGUCAGAAACACGAGGAGAUGCCACUGUAGUUUGACGUCUUUAUUGAGCACUGCCUCACAUAUAACACAUUCCAUGCAUAUUCUGUGCAGCUCUGUAUCUCCCACAGCUUCAGUCUCCUCUCCACUACAGUCAGAUACACUACCAAUAGCCGUAACAUCCUAUUGGCUGUUGGCUGAGGUGACAUGAGGGGUGAGCAUGUCACUCACAUGGGAGAGAGGAUGCAACCUGGCUCACAAGAACUGCAAUGAAUCCUUUUUACAAAUAUAAUGAAUGUACUAGUUAAAGGCAAACUGUGAAUGUCAUACCUCAAGAAAGUCCUGAGGGAAUUUCUUCACAUUUAUGCCACACCUCAAGAAUUUAAACAUCCACUUAGACUUGGACAUUAACUGAUUCGAUUUUGAAGGUCAAAGGUCAAAUGAUGUCAAAACAUGUUUUUGUCUAUGACUCAAGAAUUCACAUUAAUUAUGACAAAGCGUCAAACAAAACCAACUGAGAUAAAAUUAUUAAGUGAUGACAUGUAUCCAAGGUAUAACACUGAAGGUCAAAGGUCAGGCUCAUUCCUAAUAGUCAGAUAUUUCAAGAAAGGCUUGAGAGAAUUCUUUCAAAUUUGGCAUAAAUGUUGACAUAGACUCAAGGAUGAACUGAGUAGAUUUUGAUGGUCAAAGGUCAAGGUCACUGUGACCUAACAAAACAUGUUUUUGGCUUUGUUUUAUGAGAUCACGUCAAAUUAAUUUGUUAAUGAUGACAAAACACACAAAUGUCUGAAAGAUUAAAGGUCAACAACAGAACACUGUCUCACAAAAAUGCUAUUUAUGUCAGUUUAUGGCCAACAUCUCUCAUGUUCCUAUAUCAGUUGACAUGAGUGAUGUCUAUUUCUAAGCCUGUUCUCCUGUCUAAUGCCUGAUCUUCAGCUGACAGUGCCUGCUAACAUGCUCCUGACACACCUGCAGCUCAUCCUCACUAACUGCCACUCCCAACACCUGCAGUUUAAAGACCAAUCUCUCCCUCCGCUCUCCACCAGUUUAUUGUAAAUCCACUCAUGCUAUCUGUUCAGUUUCUUUUCCUCGUGUGUUUCUUUCUGCUUGUAGCCCUGCUAUUACCUCCAGUUCUGUAAAUCCUCACUCAGACUGCUUCCCCAUCACACCCCAGUGUUAGGAUGACUGUUUUACAGUUGGAUAAAACAGGAGGCUUGAGGCGAGAUAAGAUGCAGGUCAACCUGGCAUUUGUUCACCAACAUUCACAUUAAAAGAACACAAAUAGCAAAGGUGGUUAA